AUGGACUGGAUAAGUUUGCCUCAGUACGUGCGCACUGCUGCUCAGGAGCAUCAUUUCCAGCAUGCGAUGGGGUCAAUGUUCGUUCUUUACGCACACAAAGCGGUGGCUUGGGUAGAGCGCAUUGCUGACCUCACACCUGAGAUUGACAGACAGCAGCCUCCCAGCGUCAUCGAUAUCUACUGCAAGGACACAAGCAAGUUCGAGGCCCGACCCUUCAGUGAGUUAGUGCUGAACAACACGCCGUACUUCCAGCGAGGCUGUUGUGUCGCAGAAGUUCAAUGGGCCAGCACGAAAGUGCACUUGUCUCACUUUGCGCCAAUGAGCCCAGCUACAUUUCAAGAGCGCGUGAGGCAAGGAGAAGUGGGGUCUUCGGACGCUUUGGUGCUAACGUUCACUCACCGUUCUGACUCCGAGCUCGUGGAGCAACUGCAAGAAGAAGUCUUCGAGUUGCAGGCUACAGGGCGUAAGGCGUAA